AUGGCUUCCCAGGGUUUUUCGAGGAAGCGUCCUGCGCCUGGCGCGGAUCCAUUUCCUCCUCAGAUGCAGAAUCCUACACCCGCAUACACCGAAGGCAUCGGAGGACAUGAUCUCUCAAAUGAUGAGUUCUUCCAGUGGGGUCAGACUGGUCAACCGGCUGUACCUUACAACGACAGCAAUUAUGCUAUGAAUGCGAACACCUUUCCUCAAGCCGCCCCUCAGCCGCAAACCUCUACUCAACUUACUCGAAGACCGAUGACUCAACUCGCAGCGCCUGCUCACCCUCGGAUCGAUCAAGACGCGAGCGCUUGGAUGGACAACGCAAAUACGCCUCAUGGUCAAGACGCUGAAUGGGCGGACGACAUAGCCGUACUCGAGGCUCGGGCACAAGUUGCGAAGAGAGAGGCUCAAGCGAAGAGAAAACAGAUUCCUCCCUUUGUCCAGAAAUUGAAUAGCUUUCUCGAAGAUGGCAGAAACACUGAUCUCAUCCGCUGGUCAGAUGAUGGUAACUCGUUUAUUGUCCUCGACGAGGAUGAAUUCGCGAAGACUCUCAUUCCUGAGUUGUUCAAGCACAACAAUUAUGCCUCGUUCGUUCGUCAGCUGAAUAUGUACGGUUUCCACAAGAAAGUCGGUCUUUCCGAUAACUCGAUGCGGGCGAGUGAAAGAAAGAACAAGAGUCCAAGUGAAUAUUCCAAUCCUUACUUCCGUCGUGGCCAUCCCGACCUGUUGUGGUUGAUCCAAAAGCCUAAGAACGCUUCUGGACCAUCUUCGAAGAGAAAGAAAACGGACAACGAUGCCAAUGAAGAGGAAGCGGAAGAGUACGCUGACGAGGGAGUACCUAUUGCCGACACUCGUGCCCGGCCGCAUCCCGGUCAACUCACCCUCGGAAACACCCAGACUGCCCUAACCCAAGAACAAUUCAAGAGUGUGCAACGCGAACUGGCAGCGAUUAGGCAUCAGCAAGCUCAGAUCGGUCGCAUGAUGCAGCAGAUCAAGCGCGAGCACGAACAGUUGUACGGUCAGGCAGCGACAUUCCAAGACCAGCAUAAUCGACACGAGAAUUCAAUCAACGCCAUCCUUACUUUUCUUGCCACUGUGUACAACCGUAGCCUCCAAGGUGGCCAUGAUGGUCUUCCAAACAUGGCGGCACUUUUCGGUAACAACGCCAUGCCUGAGAGUCAAGCGAAUGUUGUGGACGUAGGCGAUUUCCCCAUCAACAACAUCAACUUCGACAACAGCAGUCCGGGAUUAGGAAAGCCGUUUAAGAGACAGCCUCUCCUCUUGACGAAUGGUCGGGCAAACACCAUAUCCCCUCGGGCAAGCGCUGCCAGUAGCCCCUAUCCUCAAAGAACGCAGGGCGUUCGCGCCACUCAACCGACCAGCUUGGCCCCUAACGUUGAGGAGGUCUUUGAUCCAGGUGUCAACAGCCCCGAUACUGCGAUACCACCUCAACCAGCCAAUCAAGGCCCAAAUGUUCCUCAACGUGACAUGAUGUCGAUGAUCCAGAAUGCCAAUGCCCGCAAUACUUCAGGUAGCCCGACUACUCCCGCGCAGGACUUUUCCAACGUUCUCAAUGACCUCGAGGCAUCUACAGGGGCAGGACGGUUGAGCAACUCCCAGCGUGCAGACAUGUUGAAGAUGAUCAAUGAUUCAGCCCAGCAGCCAUCGGGCAGCGACAAUGCGCUGAUCAACUCAACUCCACCACCAGGCCCAGCCAAUUUUCGUCGUCGUCUGGCAAGCACGGGUGCCGAUCUUGAUCAUCUCGCCAAACUCCAAGCCGAGCAAGAUAAGAGCGUGCAGAACUUGACCAAUCUGUUACAACCGCUCAGCCCUACCGGCUCCAUUCCUGGCAUCGGUGACGGCCAAAAUCUACCUCCACCGCCACUAGACAUUGACGAUUUCCUUCACCAAGUUGAAUACUUCGGCGACUAUGGUGGCAGUGAGAGCAAUGGGAACUAUGACUUUGGAAACACAGGGCUCGAUCCGACUGGACACAAUGACAGCCUCAACUUUGAUUACAAGGAUGAUGAUGUGCUCUUUGGUGACCUGAACGACCCAGCUGGACCUAGCGACAUUGGGGGCGGCAAAUACAACCUUGGGUUCGAUGGCGCUGCAGAUGCGGAAGGAGGCCAUCAGUACGAACCAGUCAAGUAUGAGACCAGCAGUGAUUACGAGCAGGAUGGCGGUGGGCGUGUUGAGAGUAUGCCGAGCAGUACAGUCACGACUCCCAAGUCUGCUGGGGAUGAUGGACCUGCUACUCGCGGCAGCAACAGUCGAGGUGUCGGUUCUGGGGUUGGCACAGGCACCGAGAAUGGCUUGCCCACCAAAAGACAACGUUCUUGA